AUGGAGCCCACUCGCCGCUCGAACCGCGCUCGAAAACCUACGGUCAAGUAUGCAGAGGCGAUGGCGGAACUCAUGCCGAAAGACGCGCUCCGCACCGCCAAAGGCGGCCCUAAAGUGCAGAAGCCAGCGCCCGGCAUGACAAAGCUGAAGCUGAAACUCAAGCCUCGCCCUGCAACCAAUGCUGCUCCAUCCACCAGCAGCAGCAAGGCCACGACCUCUCCUGCACCUAAGGUUGCCGUGGAGAAGAAGCUGCGAGAGGCCGGCAAGGUGGUGGGUGUGCUGGUGCCGCUGCCGCCGCGACCCAGCAACAGGUUCACGGCGGCUCCUGUGGCUGGCCCCAAGGCGGAGAAGGAGCAGCUGAAGGAGCCGCAGGUCUAUUUCGCGACGAAGCAGGAAGAGGAUAUGGAGGCUGCGCGACGCAUCCAUGCUAGAUUGGUUGCGGGAAGGGCGAGGCGGGCAGAAGAGCGGGCUGGGACGUUGGGGCUUCUGAGUUUAUGGAGUCGGAUUUGA